AUGGAAGCUCCCUUGCCGUCAGCAGCACCACUGAGGAUGCCGUGCCAGGUGGCCGAUCGAGUCCACGUUUACGGUCGCGUGCGGCCACCUACCUCCCCCGACGCACCACCGUGGAUCACCGUGGACAGUAAAAGCACGACGCUGCAUUGCAGCAGCGCGGAGGAGGUGCCGCCAAGGACAGAGGCCGUUUCGAAACGGCGGCCGUCACCCAUAGCGCAUGUGACUCAGUCGUCAAGCUUCACACUUGACGGCGUCGUCGGCGAUGCCCGAGGGGACGCCGCGCACGCUUUCUUCGACAGCAUCGCCCGUUCCUGCGUGGAGGACUCUCUGCUGAAGGGGAGGAGCGCCACGAUUCUUUGUUGCGGCGAGAAAGGCACCGGCAAGACCACCACCAUGUUUGGCGACGUGGCCGUUCCUGGGGUGUGCCAGCGCAUUCUCGCCUCGCUCUUUGCAGUGGUGGAGGCACAGUCCGAGCCCUCAACGCCCACGUCUCUUUCGGGCAUGGCGGUGACGGUGCCCUCCACACAUGACCUCGCGUCCCUGUGCUCGAGUGCUGCAGAGGAGGAGGAGGCGCGACGCAGCUGUCGCACGCGGUUCUUGGUCAAGCUCUCGUGCCUGGCUCUCCGCGGAGAGCACGUGAUGGACCUGCUCGCCGAGGCAGCACACGGCGCACCCUCAAACGGGGCGUCGGCGUCGGUGCCGCCGCGGGCAGCGCCACCCCCGCCACUGACCUCCUCGUCCUUAUCGCUCUCUGCGAGGCCCAACAUCACCAUGGAUCCACGAGGCAGAGUACUAAUGCGCAACGUAUCGAAAGUGGCGUGCCGCAGCGCCGCAGACGCCAUCGCGUUGAUACACCGAAGUCGUCGUGCGUCGCCUUCAGCAGCGUCGCCUUGGUCUCCUGGCCACGUCGUCGUCAUAGUGGACGUCACGUGUGAAGAGGGCGAGGAGGCAAGCGCAUCUCACCACCUCGUGCGCACGGCCAAGCUGUACCUCGUCGACCUGGCAGCCGCGGAGCAGCCGCGGCACCGCAGCCACAGGCCACAACCGCCGCCCUCGUUCACAUCGUCCUCAAUGCCGGCUGCUGACAGCGGCGCCACAUCGCACGGCGGCCGCUCCGAGGAUGCGGCGAUCCGGCAUUCACUUGCAAUACUGCAGCAGGUCAUCACAGGACUCUCGUCUUCGUCGACGGAGGAGGAUGAGGCGGCGCCUACGCGGCCGCCAUACAAGCAGAGCAAGCUGGCGAUGCUGCUCAAAGGCCACCUUGGCGGCGGCUGUCGCACUUGUAUCAUUGCGCACGUCCGGUCAGAGGAGGCGUACAGGCAGGAAACACUGGCCACGUUGCAGCUGGCGCGGCGGCUUUUGUGUGUGCCUGAGCAUCCUACCUCUCGGGUCGUCGAGGACCCCGUGGUCCGGGUACGCCAGCUGCAGCGGCAGAUGGCGGCGCUGCAGGCGGAGCUACGACUGCAGAUGGAGUUGAACGAGCACGCGGCGAGCGCUGCAUCGGCACUUGCCGCCGCCGCCGCACCUGUCAAUGCACCGACGGCCAGGAACGCGAAGGGUGCCAAUAGGCACUUUGGCGAUGGCUUGGCCACGGAUGCACAGGGACGGUCGUCCAAGUCCUGCACUGGGCAGGUGAGUGACUGGUGCACCUCGCCGUCGCAAACACCCGGUGGGGGGGCGAGCGACUGCCAUCCACUGCUCCGCCGCACCGCCUCAUCAUCUGUUGCGCCGGUCUCGGCUGCCUUGACAACAGGCGUAAUGAACUUCGUUGCCGGACGCAUUGCGAUGCUCCCAGUCAGCACGGUGCUGGAGAUGAACACGUGCUUCGAGCUGCUGCGCCAGUGUGUGGCAGAAAAGGACAUUCAGCUUCGCGCCGCACUCGCAGACCUGCGUGCGGCAGAGACUGCUACAGCGGCUGCAUUCACGGCCCUGGCAGCGAGCAGCACGCGCAGCUCCGUCUCUGAGCGCUAUUCAGGGCGGUCCAUCUGCAGCGGAGGGGCCGGCCGGCGCCGGAUGUGCUCGGUACGCAGCCCGGCGAGCUUAGCGAGGGACACCCCCGCCGCGGAGGGCAGGCGUCGCCCUUCGAUGGACUCGGCUCUGUUAGCGUCGAUAGCGCCGUUGCCCAGAUGUAACUAUGUGCAUACGACGCUACUACACGAGCCGAGUCCGACUGUGCCGGCAACUGCUGGUGUCAAGGCAGGAAAGGGGUUCGGCAGCGCUCCAUCGGCUGCGGGGUUAUACCGAGGUGAGACCAAGGAAACAACCCCGUUUUCGCCGUUGCCGGGGCUGAGCGUCUUUCCAUCAACGGGGCCCAACGCAGCUACCGCCACAGCCAACACCCCGCUUGCCGCGGCUGCCGUGGCGUGGCCGGCGAAUGAAGGGAUUAUGUCUUCAGAAAACGAGAUGGUCGUUGUCCCCACCCACGUCGAAGCGCCGCCUUUUAAGCCGUUCGCGCCGUCGUCGUCUCUCCAGGGUGCGCGGGUGGUCUCGGGCGCACCGGUGUCGCUGAUCCGCCCUUCGUCGGCGUCGAAGAGCAUGAAAAAUGCGUCGCGAAACGCCUCCGCCCCCCGGCAGCCGUCGACGUCAUGGGGUCGGGCGCCCACCGACUCGCUGGGCCCGUCUUCCUCUAUCGAGGUGAACUCCACGAUGCAGGUGCCGCGAUCACACUUGACAGCUGACCCAGUGCUGCAGGCGAGUGCGGGCGAGUCUUCCGCGUUCCACGUCUACACGACCCAGACAUUGGAGGGCGUGCAGCAGGUGCAGCAGAUGCGACAGGAAGAGGAGGCACUUGCCAGCCUAAGACUGCGUCUCAUGGCGGAAGUGAAGGGUGAUGGCAGUCACAGCGACCCAGCCCUGGCAGACGAGUGCCGCUACCACGAGAGCCAGCUAACACGACGUCGCGAGGCGCUGCUGCGGAGCUUUGAGUCGUGGUAUCGCGCUCGUGUGCCUGCCAAGGACCACACCGCUGCUGCUGCGAAUCCACUGAAGAAACCUGCAGAGAAUUCAAAGAAACUGACGCUUGAUACGAUGCGACGACGGCUGCGGCGUCCUUCCACUACUGGCAGUGCAGGGAGUGGUGGCGGUGGCGGCGAGGUGGGUGGGCUCAGUGGUGUCACCAUCAACGGCGUCGGAGGUAACGUCGCCUACGAGGGCUGGGGUGGCGUCGGGCCGGCUCUGCGUCCUGCCACCUCUUUUUCCUUCGUCACAAAGAAGGAGUCAGCGGACGUGGCUGCAGCAAUAGCCAUGUCGUCCGACACCUUCAGCGCUGCCGGUGUUUCGUCCGCCGCCUACUGCUCCAUGUGA